CGUCCGUCCCUCCGGGGCCCAACCCGAGCCCCUGGUCAUUCACCCCCGGAACCACCGCACCAUGGCGACCUGCCCCCGCAGCCGCUCCCUGAGAGGGCCCGGACCCUCCUACGACCAACUCCAAGACCCCGGCCCCCGGCCAGAAGGCGACCCCCAGCCGGCACCCCGUGGCCGGAGAGCCCCGGGCCUGCGGCUGGGGCGGGAAGAGCCUCGUGCCCGGGACCUGGAAAGCGGUGGGCCGGAAUCCCCGGGCUCGGAGCCUCCGUCGGGGAUCGGGGACGACGCCCAGAGGCUUGUGGAGACCCCGGCCCGGCAACGCCGCAGCCUGAGGCUCUACAAGCAGCAGGUUGACCGGGCCCUGCGACGCAGAUGGCAGAGCUUUGUGGCCGGUCUUCCGGGAGUAACACCCAGCCGCUCGCCGCCCACCCUGGACACCGCCGGCUGAGGACCGCCCCCCAGAAGAUGGGAUGGGGGCUCCAGCGGCCACGGACCGCCCCCCGAGGGCGUGAGAGUCCCCUGCCCCCCCCCCCGGACUCCUUCGGACUGCGCCCCCCCGGCCGGCCACGCUUAAUUUAUGAGACAUUCCCCAGGCAGGACCCUCUCUGCUCCCCGCUCCCUUGGGGAGCUGUUGGCUUUCCCCUGAGGCUGGGCUUAAUAAUGUUGGUAUUUGUUAAGCGCUUACUAUGUGCAGAGCACUGUUCUAAGCGCUGGGGUAGACAUAGGGGAAUCAGGUCGUCCCACGUGGGGCUCACAGUCUUCAUCCCCAUUUUACAGAUGAGGGAACUGAGGCACAGAGAAGUGAAGUGACUUGCCCACAGUCACACAGCUGACAAGUGGCAGAGCUGGGAUUUGGAAGGGAAGAAGCCAAAGGAAAGGGGCUGCAGCUCUGGGAGAGGUCGGGAGUUCCGGAAGGCUCCCCAAGUCUGGCCCGAGAGAGUAGCAAGAAAUCAGGGGGAACCGGGGGGAUUGAUGAGGUUGGACUCCUGGCUGAAGACCCCCCUGGCUCCCGAACUCCACUGCUCUGUGAGUCCCACCCGGGCCUACCCCUCUCUGAGCCUGUUUCCCCAAACAGAAGAGUCGCUACCUCCCGACCACCCAAAAGACAAAUAAAGGCCUGUGCAGUCACCGCGGGGUUCUCA